AUGAAGCAUACUGGUUCGCCCUUUUCCAUCCGACAGGCCUUGCAGGCCGUGUACAACGAGCAGCAUGCCGUGCCUCGCAAGACCAUGCAGAGACGCGAGUUUCACGAUUAUUUCGUAACGAAUCUCCCGACCACCUCGCAGGCUCCUGACAGACUGCAUCCUUCUCACCACAAAUUGCCGCGAUCGGAUUCGAGUCCGCAUGAUGGCCCCGCGAAUCGAAGCUCGCAAGUCUCUAGCUCAGCCCGCGACACAACGGUGGUGAGGAUCCCAUUGAAAAGUGCAAAACACCACUUCGGCGCGGGCGUGAGUAGAGGGAGUCGACCAUACAAUGAAGACACAUAUCAAGCUGGAACGGUGGAGAUGCCAGCAUUCGCGAAGAAACAGCCCGUCAGCAUCAGUCGGAGGCGAGAUCUAAGUGAUGGCAACGUAGGGUCGACACGACAGACUGGGGAUCCUCAAGUCUUUUACUUUGGCAUAUUCGACGGACACGGUGGGACAGAGUGCUCGGAGUUUCUACGGGAACGACUGCAUGGCUAUGUGGAAGAGGCGGCUCUGCUCUUUGGGUUGGAGAGUACACUGCACGACAAUCCAGAUGAAUCCAACGCAGCUGGUGGAAUUAUGGGUGAACAGGACCCCGAGGAUUUGCAGAAGAGCUUAGUGAGCUCGUGGAAGGAGACGGUGGGAGGCUACUUCAAACGGUUCAGACCGGAACAUUUCCCUGCGGUGGMGAGACCCGACGAUUCAGUGCCCAGUCAAGAUGACGGCUACCACAGUUCUAUCGAGACAGUCCUCACCUACGCAUUUCUCAAAGCAGACCUGGAUUUUACCACCGCCCAGGCUGCCAAGCAUACCAAUGCCGAGGAAGAGCGACGCCGAAUACAGCCCUCCUCGGUUGACGACCCGGUCCUUUCUGAUAGACCUCUCAAUGCUGAUGACAUUCUCUCCAACGAGGAUCGCCCUGCUUCACAGAACUUGCGAACGCGACCUGCUUCCCGAGGAUCAUCUCCAGAUCUCAACGCACCCAUUGGUGGCAACACCCGCUUCAAGGGAGGCUCAACCGCGUCAAUAGCAUUGCUAUCGACACCCUCCCCAACCCCAUUCUGGCAUCCGAACAGUACCAGCACAUUGAUAGCUGCUCACGUAGGCGACACGCGAAUUCUCCUUUGUAGAACAACGGACGGAGCCGCAGUACCCUUGACUGCGAAUCACCACCCAUCUUACCCAGUCGAGGCCAACAGACUUCGGAGAUAUGCCACCUCUUUCGUCACAGACUCCUUUGGCGAAGAGCGCGUCCUAGGGUUAGCCAAUACUCGUGCCUUUGGUGACAUUGGAAGCAAGCGCAUCGGCGUGAGUGCUGAACCACAGCUCACAACAGUGCAGCUUCCUCCUGCGGGUUUUGCGUUUAUGGUGUUGGUGAGUGAUGGUGUGAGCGGGCAUCUCGGGGACCAGGAAAUCGUGGACAUUGUCAAAGAGGCAAAGACGCCGGAUAUGGCGGCCAAAAGUUUGGUGAGUUUCGCGACUGAGACCGCUGGGGAGGCGGAUAAUGCCACGGCACUGGUUGUGAGGUUGGGAGGAUGGGAGAGAAGGAUGGAGGGCGGUGGUGGGAGUUUGAGGACCAAGGAGCAGAGGGACUAUAGGAAGCGGGAGGCGGAUGAUCCGAGGAGGGGAAGGAUGUAA